CUUAAUAAAGUUUGCCACUUCGGUAUCCCCGUAGCCGUUAAUGCAGUUAAUUUCACUUUCUGAUUACCAGCGAUAUCGCCUUUAACAUUAAAAACGUUAUAAAUUUUGAAAUACUGACCUUUUUUUGGAAAUUAAAAUUAUUUAUUGUACACAAGUUGAGUGACUAUUAUAAUAACAGAACAAAGAUGGCGUUUGACGUUGUAAUGAAAUGCAAACGCUGCUUAUUCUUCAAGUGUCGCGCUGCUGCUGCAACGAUACCAAGUUGUUUUGUACGCAUGACGCGAUUUUGCCAUUCACCACAUGGGGAAAGAGUUAUUUAGAUACCUUAAUAAAAAAAAUCAUUUAUACAUUUCACUGUGAUUUACGCUUUAAACAACAUAUUUAAGUUACAUAUUAGACAAACUAGAUGAAGUAUAGGCCUAUAUUCUGACAAAUAAACGCGUUUUUUUCUGUUUUAACUGUAGAGAACAUUGCAUCAGGUGUCCUGUGCACGAAUAAGCAUAUUGGGAAGUUUUUAAAAAUAUAAAUGAAAAAAUAAUGAAAAAGAACAGUGACGUCAUAGUUAUUAACGUCACCUUGCCUUGAAAACGCCGCUGUGUCAUACAUGUCGUGUUUUGCCAUUAAUAGCGGUUAACUGAAAUAAAAACCGUGUUUAGAUAAAGAAUUAGCUUCUGGCGUAAAAUUUGACGCCAAUCGAGGUACGUGGCUUGUAAAGCUGUAAAUUUUAUUGACUGUAAUUUUUAUUGCUUCAUUACUGGUAAUGAACCCACAAUAGAGAUGCAGAGAUGGAAAUGUGAGGAGAACGAAGGCUUCUCGGUGUUCAAUGUUAAACUUCGUAUGUGCAGUGCCUGGAGUUGGAGCCGCGAUAUCCACCCCCACAGCGAAUAUGACGGCUGUUGUUGUUAAAAUCUCACAAAACACAAAGAGUAGAAAAAUGUGUGGUCUUUUAGUAAAGUGAUGUCCAAGAUCUUGCUUGUGAAAAUUCCUUGUGAAUUUCCUGUUAACAUUUUUUUUGGACCAAUAAACCCCUACGGAGUUUAUCACUGCAGUGCAUCAGGCACACAUUCAUUAUUCUGCUAUCAAAGCCUAAUGUUCAACAUGUGUUUUGAGAACAGUGGAACCAAAAGUUAGCCUAAAAGCUUAAAAGUCUGACCUAUAAAUGUCAGCAUUAUAUCUCAGUCUGCACUUAUCAGUUUCUCUACAGGGGACACAUUACACAAUAAGUGUACUCAGAACCGGACCAGCUACACUUCUACAAGCCUUAAAUGUUUCCUUCCCAGCUAAGUGUGCAAGUAUAGUUUGCUCCCUUUCAUUAGUCACCUGACCCUGUAAUAGAUAGAAUAGGUGCAUGUAAGAUGGAGGUGCAGUUUAGUUCCAUUUGCUACCUUUCCCUGCUUCCCAACCACAUACCAUGUCGACCAUCCCACCAAUCGCUCCAUUGCCAAAUACAGUUAAACAAUAAUAAAACCUCACAUGACAUAGUUAAGUAGGUCUGUGAUGCCGCAUUUAAAUCCCGUAGGCUGUGUUGAGAUAGUGAAACCCAGAGUGAUAACCUGCCUUUGUCUGAAUGUCCAGGAGCCAAAAUGUCUGGCCUGUUACUCGCUGUUGUCCUGCUGCUCCCUCUUGGGGGUGCCGCCCCGCCCAGACUUUGUCGCCGGUGCUGUGAUCAUGUGGGACAGUCAGAGGGCCCCACGGUGCGCAGCGGGACCCCCCACCAGAUGCCUGAGAUUCGAACCUACAUCAAUAUGACCAUCCUGAAAGGGGACAAGGGAGACAGAGGGGACAGGGGGACGCCAGGGAAGGCAGGACAAGACGGACCUCCAGGUGCUCGCGGUCCCAUUGGCUACAAAGGCAGCAAAGGUCAGGCAGGUGUCCCUGGAGAAGCCUGCAAGAUCCAAUAUUCCGCCUUCUCUGUGGGCAGGCGGAAGGCCCUCCACAGCACCGACUACUACCAGGCUCUGGUCUUCGACACUGUCUUUGUUAACCUUGAGGAGCACUUCAACAUGUUUGAGGGGAAGUUCUAUUGCUCGGUGCCCGGCGCCUACUACUUCAACCUCAACGUCCAUACCUGGAACUUCAAGGAGACCUACCUGCACCUGAUGCACAACGAGCAGAACAAGGCGGUCGUCUACGCGCAGCCCAGCGACCGCAGCAUCAUGCAGAGCCAGGCAAUCAUGCUUCUGCUGGGGCGGGACGACACGGUGUGGGUGCGACUCUACAAGCGCGAGAGGGAGAACGCAGUGUACAGCGACGAUGUGGACGUCUACAUCACGUUCAGCGGGUUCCUCGUCAAGCCAACCGCCGAGUGAGUCCCCCAACGGACGCAUAGGGGCCGGACUCCCGACUGUCCUCCGGGGUUCAAAGCCUGGCAGCUCAGUGCUACAACCUGAACUUGUCAAUGUUGCAGUGCAACAUUUAUUAGUAUCUGUUGCGAGGAGGUAAGAAUAUGCAUGCAGGACAGUUUUCUGAAAGGUGAAAUUAAGGUGGUCAAGUGAUUAAGAAAUAUACAUGUUGUGUAAAGGUAGGAACUGCUUUUAUGUCCUUGGGAAAGGUAUGUUUUAUUAAUUAUACAGCCACAAAGGAUGAACGUAGGAAUUAAAAUGCAAAUAUCUUCUAAUAAGGAGGGACUUCUAAGCAAUGCUGGAUUAUAUAGUUACAGUUACAUGUGUAACUGACAGUUUUAUUUAGUUGGGUCCCAAAUGAUAUUUCGCAGGUGCUAUUUAAAAGUCUUUUUCUGCAGUGAAAUGCCGAUUCAAUGCCAUUAAUGUUCUUGAUGGACUGAUUCUUUCAUUGCAAAGGGACCUCCGAUUGGCUGGAGGUUCAUUUGCAUAAUAUGAAUGUAACUGUUUAAAGCUGCGUUGCCGUAGCUACGGAGAUGCCGGUGGAUCACAUUCUGUGAGGGACGGAGUGGCCGGAGCGGAAGGGACCACCACCAAGGGUUCGCUUAUGAGACCCAGUUUGAAAGGAACUUCCUGUGAGCAAAAUCAGCAAGUUUCUCAGGAAACGGCAUGGAGCAGAGAGGCAGCGGCAGGAACAAAGGAAGGUUUCCGUACACGUCCAUCGCGGUGCUCAGCCACAUGGUGCUAACCAGUCAGGAAAGGGCCAGUGGGUCACAUGACCUAGCCCUGAGACAUGGUGCUGUGGGGGGGCGGUGACUGAUCUCCCCAGUGGCCCCUCAUUGGUCACAUAUUGUUCUCCUAUGACAGAGGCCAAAGUUAAGCUGCCAGAGACACAUGGUGGGUGUGUCUCAGCCUCAGCCAAUCAAAGAAGCCGGGUGUUACUCUUACUUAUCAAUAGUUACUGUCCUGUUUCUUACUGUUACUGCCUCUACCUCCACAUACAAAAUGUCACUUAUUCAAAAGCUGGCCAUCUAUUCAUUAAAAUAUUUAACUGACCCUA